AUGGGACACCAUUCUUGCUGCAGUAAGCAGAAAGUUAGAAGGGGACUUUGGUCUCCCGAGGAAGACGAAAAGCUCUUUAACUAUGUCACUACUCAUGGUCACGGUUGCUGGAGUUCUGUGCCCAAACAAGCAGGCCUUCAAAGAUGUGGCAAGAGUUGCAGAUUAAGAUGGCUUAAUUACCUAAGGCCUGACCUGAAAAGAGGAAACUUCUCAGCAGAGGAAGAGUCUCUUAUCAUCGAGCUCCACAGGACACUUGGAAACAGAUGGGCUAAAAUAGCCAAGCAUUUGCCUGGAAGAACAGACAAUGAAGUGAAGAACUUCUGGAACUCCUGCAUAAAGAAAAAUUUGGUCUCCUGCAGCACAGAUCGGCCAACGGACAGUAACAAAUCAGAACUUAUAGCAAAUUCUAAUGAGAUUCAAUCCAUAAGCAUGCAUCUCAUGAAUCCUAACAUGAUUCCUUCUCAAGAUCUAAUGUCCAUGUCUGUCUCAGAUUGUGCACCGCCCGUCAAUCAAAAUCUUGAUGGUCAUGAAGUUUCUGCUGCCGAUGACAGAGCAGAAUGGAAUGCUGCACCAUGUGCAUGGUCUUUCAAUGACCAGAAUCACAUGUCAACUCUCUACCAUGAUAAUGGAGUAACUCCUGCAUGCUAUGUUCAAGGAAACAAUUCAGAGUUUACUGGCGCCUCUUCUAAUUACCAGUUGUGUUCUCCAUCUGCAUCCACGUUGAUGCCGAAGCUAUGUGAUUUCAAGGGCGCUGAUGAAUAUGGCAUGCUAACGUAUCAGAAUGAGGCUACUCUUAACAUUGAGGAUGAUCCUUACUUUGCAUCUACCUCAUGCCAUGAUGCGUUUGAACCAUAUGUAGCAUUAGAUAACAUGCAGUAUGUUGAUUCUAUUGUGGCAGGAUCAUCUUCUCCAUACGAAAAUGUCCUUACGAGGGCAAGUUUCCCUCCUAAGUAA